AUGGAUAAGUCAUGGAUGAAGGCUAAUAGAAGAUCACUACAGUUUCAGUUAGGACUUGAAGAAUUUCUGAAAUUUGCAUCGGAUAAUGCAAGGGACAUAAAUAAAAUAUGUUGCCCUUGCUUGAAGUGCCAUAACACUGAUUUUGGUGGUAUAGGGCUGAUUAAGGACCAUAUAUUUUUUAACGGUAUUGAUGUUAGUUAUAAGCAUUGGAAGUGGCAUGGAGAACCAUCUGCUUCUGCCUUGCAUGCUCUUAGAGGGGAUUCUGAAACAGUCGAAAUGAAUCCUGAUUUAGGCAUACAAGCAGAAGCUGUAGGGUUAGAGGGUAGUGAGGAUGAGGAGAUUUCGGAAGACUCGAACGAGUUUAUGCAGUUUGUAGAAGAUGGAGAUAAGCCUCUAUAUCCUGGUUGUACCAAGACAACCAAGUUGAAUGGUUUGAUACAAACAUUCAAUUUGAAAGCAAAGCACGGCAUGACUGAUGCGUGCUAUUCAGAUAUGUUAAUUAUGAUUGGCCUCUUGCUUCCAGAAGGAAAUGACUUACCAGGGUCUACUUAUGAGGCUAAAAGAACACUUUCCGCAUUGGGGAUGGGGUAUGAAAAGAUUCAUGCUUGUCCAAAUGACUGCAUCUUGUACAGAUUGCACCAUGCUGAUGCGACCAGUUGUCCAACUUGUGGUGAAUCAAGGUGGAAACUUGGAAAGGACAAAUCUGAGAAAGAAGGGGUUCCGGGGAAGGUAUUGUGGUACUUCCCUCCGAUCCCAAGGUUCAAACGGAUGUUCCAAUUGACAGUGUCAGCUAAGGAGCUAACUUGGCAUGCCAAUGAUUGA